CACAUUCCCUCUGUUGUUGCCAUGGGAACCGCGUGGCUUGUGACGACCGGGCUAAGCGGAAGCAAGGAAGCUCAAAAUGAACAGAAAGAAGCUGCAGAAGCUUGCUGAAUCGCUGUGCAAAUCCGCUAAACAUUUUAAUAGAUUUGAAGUGGAAUGUCUCAUAAAGCUUUUCAACAACUUGGAUGUGGAACCCAGCGACCGGCAUGCUGUUGUUGGUUUAGAUCGCAACUCAUUUCGCAAUAUUCUGCAUGUCACAUUUGGAAUGACAGAUGACAUGAUUAUGGACAGAGUGUUCCGUGCUUUCGACAAAGAUAAUGACAGCUGUGUUGGUGUAACAGAAUGGGUAGAAGGCUUAUCAAUAUUUCUUCGGGGGACUCUGGAAGAAAAGAUGAAAUACUGCUUUGAAGUUUAUGACCUCAAUGGUGAUGGAUAUAUUUCACGAGAGGAAAUGUUUCAUAUGCUGAAGAACAGUCUGUUAAAACAGCCAUCAGAAGAAGAUCCCGAUGAAGGAAUUAAAGAUUUAGUAGAAAUAACAUUGAAGAAAAUGGACUAUGACCAUGAUGGCAAAGUCUCUUUUGUGGAUUUUGAAAAGGCAGUAAGAGAUGAAAAUCUCCUCUUGGAAGCAUUUGGACCAUGUUUACCUGAUAUGAAGUGCAGGAUGUCCUUUGAAUCACAAGCUUUCCAAGAUGCUCCUGAUUUGUAGAUCUGCAAGUAAAACAGACUGUAUGAGAGAACG